CGCUCUCUUUCCUGCUGCCGCUGCCAGGAAGUGGGAGACGGGGUAGUCACUCUCCGCGCUGCUCCGGCCGGCUCUGGGCAGGGCUGGGGCGGCUCCCUCUGGCCGUGGGGAACCGAGCCACGGGGAUGUAGCGGGCCGCGGAGCCAUGCGCGGCCCGGCGCUGCCCCGCACCUCGCUGCGGACGGUUAUUCUAAUAUUUGUCUGUGUGUUGACAAAGGAAUCUGUAGAAAUUACUCCAGUCCCAUAUAGACUGCAAGUCCAUCAGGCAGCUUUCAGUGGAAGAGACCCCUCUAACCCUUUGAGAAAAGAAAAGAAACAGAAUUGUCAACUGGGACAAUAUAUGCACCCCAGAAAGACCCACUGCUGCAUGAGGUGCCAUGCAGGUACCUACAAGGCAAAAGACUGUGAUGGGCCUGACCAGGCAACCGUCUGUCUUCCGUGUGCCAGUGGCACAUUCACCGCUGUUGAUAACACCAUGUCCAAAUGCUUCCGGUGCACACGCUGCCGUAAAGAACUCCAGCAGGUAGUAGAGACCCCCUGCACCCCAUGGCAAGAUACUGUAUGUGGCUGUCAGAAGAAUCAGUAUCAGAUCAAUUCCAAGUCUGAAUUCUUCCGGUGUAGGAACUGCAGCUCGUGUGCCGACGGGAUUAUUGCCAACUGUUCAAAGAACAAAGACACAAUUUGCAGGUGUAAGCCUCAGUUCUUUCGGUCACGUAGUAAUGUCUGCAAGCCUUGCAGCAGCUGCACUGGAGAAGAGUGCUUGUGGUGUCCUAGCCCAGUCACUACCUCGCCAACUUCAUCUGGCCUGAAUGGAAACCUUGUACUUGGCACCCUUGUUGCAGUAUUUGGAGUUAUCUCUAUCCUCUGCCUUGCACACAGAGUAAGGAAGCUGGCCCACAAGAAUAGGAUCGUGUCGUCUUUCUACUCCUGUGUUUCUUUGCCACAGACAGCCAAGGAGCCGGUAUCAGAGGUUGAGGAAAAAAGAAUUCAAAUUUCCACCCUUCUUCCUGAGUCCCAGAAGGAAACAGAAUUGCCAGUAAAUGCAACCCUGUCAUCUGCACCUCUGCCACAGAGUUCACAUGAGUUACCAGACUGUGUCAGACCUGCCAGGAAGACCCAGCUUCCAGACAACCCUGCCAUUCUGUACACGGUGGUGGAUCACGUGCCGCCAUCUCGGUGGAAGGAGUUUGUGCGGCGCCUGGGCCUGAGUGACUGCGACCUGGAGCGCAUCGAGCUGGAGCACCGGCGCUUGCGAGACGCCCAGUACGAAAUGCUCCGCCUGUGGAAACUGCAGAUGGGCCGCGCUGCCACUGUGGAGCACAUCAGCUGUGUUCUCAACCAGAUGGAGCUCAGUGGCUGCAGUGACGCUGUCCAAGAAGCUUUGCUAAACCAGAACUCUCCUCAGCCUUGCAGCCUCCACAACCAUCUUUAAUCUAUUUCUGCUUUAGCUGCCUUUGACUUUUCAAAGGGGAUCAUAGCUCUCUUUCUUUCCCCAUAUCUGCCCAUCUUUGUAACACUCGUCAGCUGGUUUUGUUGGAGACAGCAGCAGAUUAUGCUGGAGGAAAGCUGAGGUUUGCUUCUUAACCACCGUGUAGUUCAACACCUUUAAGCCAUGGCAGACCUCUGCAACACCUCCUUUCCCAGGGAGGGAAAGCACCUCAUAAAGGAAGUGGUGUGUGGAUUCUGGCCAAGAUGCAAAUAGGAGCUCUGAGACUUGAUCAUAGAUCAGCUUCUAUGGACACCUUGUUGCUGAAACAAUGUUGCUCCACACAUCAUGUGGUGGGUAAACUUGUAGGGUGCUUUGGUUGAGCUGACUGUUCAAAUGUUAAAGUACUCACUCACUUCUUGCAGAUCUAUUUUUCUGCGAGAUCAACCAGUUGAAGUGGCUCAUAUUGCAGCCGUUUGAUUGCUAAAUCUGACUCAGAGGAAGUGAUGGGAGGAUGUGCCUAUUUCUGGGAGCAGGAGAGGAUUGCCCCCUCUCGGUGUCAACCAGUAGCAACUAGUGGGUAUCGCUGUAGCAAAAGACUCCUGGAGAUUCAGAACUGAUUCUCUCCCUGUGAGAAACACGAGGACAUUGUCCUUGCCACAUCAUUUCCCUCAGGUUCCAGAAGAGCAAGGACUCCAAGCCAAUGAGUCAGAUGAGAGGGUUGGUGCUUUUUUUCUCAAGGUUUUUUUUCCUGUACCUAGAAACCAUGUAAGUUAGCAUUAACAAAACACCUGCCUGUGUGUUUGUCCAAGUGCAGGGUGGCAAGGAGUGUGUGCAUCUGCCUGGGUGAGGUGGUACCUGUCCGUGGGCAUAGGUAGCACGAGCACCUCUGCAACUCUGUGCUUGCACACAGGUGGGUAGGCCUGUGUCUGCCUGCUUACCUGCAUAUGGAUGAUUUGGUGAAUCUAACUGCAGAUGGGACUGUGGACAUGUCUGGAUAGAUAUUUUAGCAUCUGUUGAAUAACUUCACACUACUUCCUGGACUGCAUUCUGUGAUUGCUGCUUGGCUGUGGGAGCCAUUCGGUGCCAUCUCCAGGCUCUCCCCAUCACUUUCUCACUGGAAUUACCCUGGGUGAACCAGAUGUAGAAAAAAAUCAAUUAGCCUGCACUGGCUGCAGGUUGUCCCCGUGUUUGUAACAUGGAUUUUUUCAGUCUCUAAUCUCUCGACCAGAGAGAAAUUUCCUAUUGUAAAUACACUAAAUGUUCUGAAUUAAAGUGAAUAUUUUUACUUCGGU